CCCGGCGGCGGCAGGCGGCGCUGCGGUUGGCCGGCGGCGCUGCCGCUCAGAGCGGGGUCGGGGGUCAGAGUGCGCGGAGUUUCAGAUGCCUCUGGAUGUUCAAUGAUAGCACUCCUCCAUACUGGAGCAGCAAAGUUUCCCCAAAACUUACUUCCAAGGGCAAGACAAGCUGUGUGCUCCCUCCUCCCAGCUGGUGUUCUCAAAGAGUACAGCUCCAUCAUAAGCAGGAAACUGGCGACCCACGGCUUUGGAGCUUGCAUGGCAGCAAUGUCAUCCUUUCCUCCACAGAGAUAUCACUACUUCCUAGUGCUGGAUUUUGAGGCUACAUGUGAUAAACCACAGAUUCAUCCUCAGGAAAUCAUCGAAUUCCCAAUCCUGAAGCUGAAUGGCAGGACGAUGGAGAUCGAAUCCACCUUUCACAUGUAUGUUCAGCCUGUGGUGCAUCCCCAGCUUACGCCCUUCUGUACAGAGCUGACUGGGAUUAUUCAAGGCAUGGUGGAUGGGCAGCCAAGCCUCCAGCAAGUGCUUGAGAGGGUUGACGAGUGGAUGGCAAAGGAAGGCCUCUUAGAUCCCAGCGUCAAGUCGAUUUUUGUGACCUGCGGAGACUGGGAUUUGAAAGUGAUGUUACCAGGACAAUGCCAGUACUUAGGGCUGCCGGUUGCUGAUUACUUCAAACAGUGGAUUAAUCUGAAAAAGGUUUCCUUGCUUGAACUCUUUGCCUGCAGCCCAUGGAUCGGAUCUAUGACAGUGGCUUCCUGAGAACUGGCUGGAAAAUCUGCAGAUAGCCUGCUUCUGUAUAGGAAGCAACCCUUCAUCUAGGCAUAAACUUCUGUUUUGUGGCCCAUGGGGGAGGGCAACUCUGAUCACAUCAAAGCAUGAGCCAAGCCAGGGGCUAUCUCACAGUGUCUGGUUUUCUCAUUUGCCUGGGCCCCUCAUAUAGACUGGGACCAGCUUCUCCUUAAGUGCUUUGACAUGGAUUUUGGUGCUCACCAAAGCUCCAGAGGAAAUGGACAUCCUGAAGUCAUAGUCUGGAUUGCUGCACUGCAGUCUUCCCAGGCCUGCUCAAUACCCAUCAAGUUCUUAGCAGUGCCUUUCUGCGUGUCAGUAGGUCUGGAGGCAAGAUGCUUGUAUUUACUCUUCCCUUCCUUGUGUUAAAUCUCAUCUCAAAAGAGCUCAUAAUGAUGCUGUAUCAUGUUUUCUUGGGGAUCCUAUCCACAGAUAAAUAUGCAGGUCCCACUCAAGGCUGAUAGAUCAGCUUCACCACCUUCACUUUUCUUUGAGCCAGAUACUCCAGCAUUUUUGCACUGCACUCAAUAUACCUGAAAACCACCAGCUUCCAUUAAGCUGUCUAGGACACGGUAGCCGAGCUGGUCUCUCUCCUACAUGCAGUGUUUUGCACCCACAGUGGGUUUCGGCAGUGUGGAGAUGUAACCUCAGUGCACUGUUGUGCCAGCACUGCUCAUGCAUGCAUCCUGCAGAUGCAUUUUUAAACAAACUGUGGAUAUUUAGUGUAUGGUCUUGUGCCAACUGGAGGAAAGCCUGCUCUCUGUGCUCCCCAGUGUUGUAACCUCUGUCAGCCUGGCUCUGAUUGAUGCUAUUAAUAUUUUAGUGAUCAUUUAGGAUCUCCGCCUUGGCUGAGCUCCUUGCUCAAGGAAGAGCUGUCCUGCGUGGAUGUCUGUAGCUGCCAGAGGAGCACACUUGCUGCCUGCCUGUGUGUUUUGGAAGAGGCAGGUCUGCAAGUUAGCAGGGUUAGGACUAAUGGGAGCACAAAGCCUUCAAAGAGCUAAUUGCUAGCCUCCAGCAGGUACACAUGGGCCCUUUCUGUAGGUGCGGUCUUUCAGCCUCCCUGAGACAUUUCCUUCCAUCCUUGCCUUUUGGCAAAGGGCCCAAUGUCCCUCUGGAUGCAGUCCCACAGGAUGCAUUUGACCAAGGUCCUUGCUGUGGAGGGGUGUCCACAUGCCCCUGCUUAGACCUUCCACCUCCUGGAACUGGCCUCAGCUUAGCUGCCAAACCCAGAAGAACUCUGCAUCUCUCCUGUGUUUUUUGUCUCCCUUUGCCAUUGUACCAUGUAUGCUUUGGCCACAUGAGGUUGUUCUACUGUAGCCUUGCCUGUGGGGUCAGUCAGUGCCGAUCAGGAGGCCAUUGACAUCCUUUGUUGGUGCUCUGUUAGUGCAUCAUCUCCAGCUGCCUCUCAGGAGCUGCACGUGGAUCCAUCCUGCACCUCCCUACCUUGCAUUCUGCUGUAAACAGUGAGCUGCAGAGCCAUUCCUCUUGGUGCAAGAGUGCUCAGGUGACACUCUACUUGCCCAGCCCAUGGGGCCCAGCUAAACCCAGCUGUGGGAACGGGGCUGAUGUGCUGCAGGGAUGGGGGCUCUGGCAGAUCCAGGAGACAGUGAAGCCAUGCGACUGAAUCCCAGACUGUGUUUGCUCUGCCUAAUUAUCAAAAGUAUGAGUUUGUUCUGCUAGGUGCACAUUAU